AUGCCGCCCCGCCGCCGCUCGACCUUCGACUACCGCGGCGUCCGCGCGCGGCCAAGCGGCACUUUCUACGCUGAGAUCCGCAGCGGCGAAGAGCGCAUCGGGCUCGGGACGUUCGAGACGGAGCACGAGGCGGUGCGCGCCUACGACGCGGUCGCCUGGCGCCUCGGCCGCUACCACCGGACGAUGAACUUCCACGACGUGUGGACGCGGGAGCAGGCGGAAGCGCUCGCGCCGCCGCCUUCGGCCGUCACGCGCGAGCAGCAGCAGCGCCAGCGCGAGCUUGAGCAGCGGCUCGUCAUCGUUGAGCGCGACGAGCGCCUCCGCCUCGAGUGA